AUGGAGGUGGCCCACGCGAAGUCGCUGCAGGCGUUAAAGGCCAGCCUGCCAAGCGAGAACGCCUCUCCAGAGCGGGUGCGCCUCUGGCUCCUCCAGCUCCUGAGGCACCGCAAAAUUGACCUUGUCGAUGGACCCAUCUCCUUCGUCUGCCUGUGGAACGGCGCUGAGCUGCAUUCCAUGCACCCGAAUCACGUCUUCGGAUUCUUCAUCUCCAAGGGUCUUGCUCCGCACAAGGCCAGCAACCUUGUCAGAGAUAUUACAGAAUGUCUGGAGGCGCGUCGCCUGUCGUGCGGCUGGCAAAGUCUGGGUCCCGGAGUCGGACUCCUGCCCAAUUCCAAGCGCGGAGACCGAGCCCGACUUGAUUGA